AUGUCUGAAGGAACUUUACAAGAGAAGCUAAGAGAAAAAUCCCCCAACUCUGUACCUUUAACAUGGCGCCAAAGAUUAAGGAUCUCGCUCGACUCUGCCCAAGGCCUUGAGUACCUGCACAAGGCGUGCACGCCGCCGCUGAUCCACAGGGACGUGAAGGCGGCCAACAUACUCCUGAACGGGAGCAACCUGGAGGCCAAGAUCGCCGACUUCGGCCUGUCCAAGGCCUUCAACAACGACCUCCAGUCCCAUGUCUCCACGCGAGUAGUGGGAACCCCCGGAUAUCUCGACCCCGAGUACUACACUUCGUUCCAGCUCAGCGAGAAGAGCGACGUGUACAGCUUCGGGAUCGUGCUGCUGGAGGUGGUCACGGGCCAGCCCCCGAUCCUCCCGGAGAGCGUGCACAUCGUGCAGUGGGCGCGGCAGAGGCUCGCCAAGGGCGACAUCGAGAGCGUCGUGGACGACAACAUGCAGGGGCGGUACGACCUCAACUCCGUCUGGAAGGUCGCCGACCUGGCCCUGAGGUGCACGGAGCAGGCGGCCAGCCAGAGGCCCGCCAUGGCCGACGUCGUCGUCCAGCUCAAGGAGAGCUUGGAGCUGGAAGAAGGCUGCGAGAGGGUGCACGGUUCGUACGCCGGAAGUGGCGACGGGUAUGGGGAAAACAGUGACACUGCAAGCCAGAGUACGCAGAGUGGGAGGGUGCUAGAUCUGGUGAGUGGCCCCGCAGCUAGAUAA